AUGGAGACCGUCGUUCAAUAUUUACUCUUAGCCCUAGCUCUGACUUUACUGCAAACAUCGUGCACCGAGAGCCGGCUAAAUGAAAAACGCAGAGAUAAAAAUGAAAGGAGGUACCACGCUGCACAAGUCAAAGACAACAUUUGUGAUAUAACUGAUAGAGAGUCGAAAGUACACUGCUACUGUGAAAAUACCGAUGUGAAAACAGCUACCAGGGCUGAUUGUUGGGUAUUCAAUGGAGGUAUAGAUGAAAACGAUCCCAUUUGGUCUAGCUUCCACUCACAGCCCUACAUAGAAAGGCUCACAUUCAACGUCAGAUCAAACGGAGCCCUCAAAUUUAUACCGCUGCAAGUAAUCCACAAACUAAAGAGAUUGCAGAAACUUUACAUCCACUACGCGACAUUAACAAAGAUCGAGAAACGGACGUUUUCAAACAUGACAAUGUUGAAAGAAAUAACGCUAAUGAACAACAAGAUAACAGAAUUGGACUUUUCCUCGUUCACAAAUCUCCCUGCGCUCGUAAACUUGACGAUAAAAGAGAAUAAAGUAACCGAGAUACAGCGGGAUGUGUUUGUAGAUCUGCCAACUCUGAAAUACCUCGAUUUGUCGUUUAACAAUAUUAAUUUGGCGCAUGACGGCUGUUUUGAACAUCUAACUGUCCUCAGCGAUUUGAUUUUAGAAGCAAACUCGAUUACAGUACUCACAAGAGAUACUUUCAGGGGUUUGGCUAAUUUGACGAGAUUGGAUCUACGGUCUAACAAGUUGUCAAUGAUAGGAGAUUUGACAUUUACCGAAUUGUGGAAUUUGAAUGAGCUCCUUUUGGACAAUAAUGAGUUAAAAUUUCUGUCUGAAAGGGCGUUCGAUGGAUUGGUUUUACUACAAAAGUUGUCAAUGACUGGAAACAAAUUGAAGUCUGUAAAUGAAGGGCUCUUAGAAGGUGUGAGAGGUCUUGAGUUAUUAGAUUUGAGGAACAAUGAGAUUGAAGUAUUCACAUUUGAAAAUAUCAAACCUAUACUCGAAAACCUGAAAGUAAAAACAUCAGUGCUGUAUUUGAGUGGUAACAACCUCAGCUGCGAUUGCCGAAUCUCCUGGAUUCAAAUCCUCAGAAAUGAAACAAAAAGUGAACCUCUGAAAGCUGCAUUAGACGACGUCACGUGCAUGCUUCAAAAUUCCGAGAAAAUCGAAACAACUAAUCAACUGAACGAGGUUGCCGAUACUAAAGACUCAGAUCCUGACAGUCUUCUAGUUUCAAACAUCGACGUUUUACAACAAGAUGGCUUUGAAGAGGAUUAUGAUGAAAACAAUAAGAGUUUCAAAUCCGAACCAACAGUACAACCUGUCAUAGCAAACGAAGUAUUUGUAGUCAAUGUACCGCCUGAAUCUUUAGUUUGUACAAGAGACUCACAAAAUAGGGAAGAUUCGUUGAUGCUAUCAUCUGGUUACUGGCAACCCAGUUCUAGUUUCAAAAUCUUGUCAAAUCUAGCUUUAGUUUUUACAUUAGUUGUCGUCAGCGUAUUCCAUUAG